AUGAACAACCCAGAUGCGGACAGAGCCAGCCACAGGGCCAAUUACGAAGUGUUCAGAGAAUGCAUCUCCAGCGCUGUGGUCGAAAAGUCCGAGCAGUCGAAGAACACCGCCUUGAAGUCCAUCAGACGACGAGCCCAGAAAGCACGGAGGAGCGUGAAAAGGGACGGCCUAGCAGUCGAUAAUAGCAGCAUAGCUGCGCCCGUAGACAGGGCAGAUCCAGAGGAACUGGCUGAGUUUGUCGAUUUCAUAGCAAUAGAAUCUUUCUCAUCCCUCCCAGAACCGCUCCAAAGCCUCUCCUACAGCACCCUCCAACACUCCCCCCAGCUCCAAGACAUCUACUCAACACCUCUAUCCACCUCGACCCUGGAAACAAUCACCUCGCCAAUCCCACUCUCCGUCACAGACUCCCUCACUGUCUACGGCAUCAUCCCAUCCCCCUCCGACCUGCCCCAAUUCCUCCGAACCCCGCUGACCGAAUACAUCGACAGCGUCGCCUCGCCGCCGCCCGUAUGGAUCACGACGCGUACCAGCGCAUGUGAGAUCUGCGAGCGCGAUUGGAUCCCGCUCUCUUAUCAUCAUCUCAUUCCGAAAGAGGUGCAUGCAAAGGUACUCAAGAAGGGCUGGCAUGAUGAGUGGAUGUUGAACAGCGUCGCCUGGCUGUGUAGGGCGUGUCAUAGCUUUGUGCAUCGGAUGGCGAGUAAUGAGGAGUUGGCAAGGGAGUGGUAUACAGUCGAUCGCAUCCUGGAAAGGGACGACGUGCAGGAUUGGGCCAGGUGGGUUGGGAGAGUUCGGUGGAAGGCCAAAUAG